CAAUGCGCGCAACGCGCUAUUAGCAACUAACGCGAGGGAGAGCGAUGAGAGUCCAAGGGCUUCAAAGAAGAGGAGGAGAAUCCAGGGCGACGACCGAGACGACUGCGUCGCGCAGCGCUCAUCUUCGCCGAUGCUUCUUCUCUCGCUUCUCGCGAGGUCGUCUUGAUCGUUGCCGCCGCUAUAAAUCUCGCGAAUGUAAGUCACCAUUCCAUCGCAGCGCAGAUUUCCAGCGAUUCUCUCCUCUGGAUCGCCUCUAGCUCGCAGAUUUCCUCCCCAUCUCGCUCCCUCUAGCUUUCUUGGUUCUUGAUCAGACCCUCGGGCAGCGCAUCGCGUGAAUCGGCUCCGAAAUAUCGCAUUCCCGUAGCAGCGCCGAUCGAUCGAAACCCUCUCCGGGGAAAUAUCGCGGCGAUCCUUCCGUCCUCCAUGGGCGUGUCGACUGCUCCACUGGCCGAUUGGCCAUGGGAAACGCUCGGGAAUCUCAAGUACAUAAUGUUUGCGCCAUUUGUCGCUAAAGCGGCGCACUCCCAUUUUUUCGCCGCUCGGCAUUCUUCCACCGAUUCCUGGUGGUUCCAUCUCGUCCUCCUCGUUUUCUUGAGGUACCUCCAGCAGCAGGCAUGGAUCACGGUCUCCAGGCUCUACUUCCUUGUCAAGAAGUACCAGAUUCAACAGUUUGCGCUGAGCUACGAGCAAGUGGAUCGGGAAUUCCACUGUGACAACCAUAUGAUCUUCCAGUCCCUGGCAUUAGCGGCAGCCCAUGUUUGGAUCCCUGCCUUUAGAGAUCUCCCGCUUUUCAACUGGACUGGGCUUCUACUACUCGUCUUCUUCCAUGUCGUCUUCACGGAGCCGAUUUACUACUUUGUCCACCGAGCAAUGCAUAGCUCUCACAUACUCUUUUGCAACUAUCACUCGCUCCAUCACGCGUCCACUACUCCAGAGCCAGCAACCGCUGGAACAAGAACUUUCCUCGAGGAAUUGAUACAAUCUGCGCUUAUUGCGAUUCCAAUCAUCGGUGUCAUGGCUCUUGGUGGGGGAUCCGUGGUCAUGAUCUAUGUCUACCUCUUGAGUUUCGAUUUCUUCAAGCAGCUGGGUCAUUGC